AAACCCCGAAGUGUAGGAUCAGUCGUCAGACUGCGGGCUCUCCUCCUAGGCUCUGACAAACGGGAGAGGAGCGCAGAGGAGGACAAAACUGACUGAUGGAGACUCAGCUGUGGAUGAUCAGGAUUAGCGGACAGCAGGCGGUCAUGCAGUGCGCUUACAGACGGAUCUAAAUCACCGAAGAUGUCCGUGGACCAGCAGCGAGACUGGAUGCGGGCGGAGGUGGAGCGGCUGUCCCGGGAGCUCAGCGACACCACACGGGAGAAGAUCCAGGCGGCGGAGUGCGGCCUUGCGGUGCUGGAGGAGAAACAACAGCUCCAGCAGCAGUACGACGAGCUCGAGGCAGAAUAUGAGGCCGUUCGGCAGGAGCUCGAGCAGUUGCGGGAGGCUUUUGGACAGGCUCACUCUAAUCAAAAGAAGGUGGCAGCUGAUGGCGAGAGCCGUGAGGAAACGCUCCUCCAGGAGUCUGCGUGUAAGGAGGCGUAUUACGAGCAGCGCAUGCAGGAGCUGCAGGCAGAACUGCGGCAGACACGCAACACCCUGGCAAACAGCCAAUCAGAGAACGAGCGUUUGGCCACCAUCACUCAUGAACUGAGAGAGAACAGUCAGAUGGUGGAGAUGCAGAGAUCCCGUCUGCGUGAUGACAUCAAGGAGUUUAAGUUGAGGGAGUCUCGUCUUCUGCAGGACUACAGCGAACUAGAGGAAGAAAACAUUGCCUUGCAGAAACAUGUGUCUGUCCUGAAGCAGAGCCAGGUUGAGUUUGAGGGUCUAAAGCAUGAAAUUCGUCGUCUCGAGGAGGAAACACAGUGUCUGAACAGCCAGUUGGAAGAUGCCAUCGGUCUGAAGGAGAUCGCUGAGAGGCAGCUCGGUGAGGCCCUGGAAACCAUCAAGACAGAGCGAGAGCAGAAGGCGGCCUUAAGAAAGGAGCUCUCCCAAUACAUGACCAUCGGAGACUCCAUGUACAACAGUCCUUUAAACAUCUCACUCGACGGGCUGAAGUUCAGCGAUGACACGGUGGUCGAGCCUAACAACGAUGAUCCCAUUCAUGGCUUCCAGAGCGCUUUUGACAAGAUCACCAAAGGCGGUGACAACCGUGUUUCCACGCCUAAAAAAGGAGAGCGUUUCCACCCGUCCUCCAGCCUCGUGGACAAUCUACUGAAUGAGCUGAACAUCUCUGAGAUCCAGAAACUAAAACAACAACUCAUGCAGGUGGAGCGAGAGAAGGUUACAUUGCUGUCCACCUUGCAGGAUUCUCAGAAGCAGCUGGAGCAGGCUCAUGGAGUCUUAUCUGAGGAACACGAGAAGGUCAGUCGCCUCACAGAGAACCUCAAUGCCAUCCGCAAGCUCCAGGCAAGCAAGGAACGCCAGUCCGCUUUAGACAACGAGAAAGAUCGCGACAGCAAUGAGGAUAGUGACUAUUACGAGGUGGAUAUCAAUGGCCCGGAGAUCCUGGAGUGCAAGUACAAGGUCGCUGUGACGGAGGCAAGCCAACUGAAGGAGGAGCUCAAAACGCUAAAGGCAGAGCAUUCAGUCUGCCAAUCACAGUACAAGGAAAAGCGGGCACAGCUAGAGAGCCAGGUAGCAUCUCUAAGCGCUCAGGUCACUUUCCUAGAGCACAGCAGUCGAGCAGAACGCGAGCAGUUAGCACGGCUUGAGAAGGAGCUACGGCAAGCCAGCGAGGUGGCGGGCGAAUCACAGGGCAGCCUUAACGUCGCGCAACACGAGCUGGCCACCUUUAGCGAGGAGCUAGCCAACCUGUAUCACCACGUCUGCAUGUGCAACAACGAGACGCCGAACCGCAUUAUGCUCGACUACUACCGUGAAGGUAAAACCGGAGUCGCCAGCACACAAACCACAGGUCGGGGAAGCCCUGAAGGUCGCGGUCGACGCUCGCCUAUCCUGUUGACCCGUGGCCUCUUCCCCACAGCUGACAACAGCGAUGGAACUUCAUCUCCAAUCUCCUCCUCCAUUCCAUCUCCAGUGGCCGAUCCUCGCAAGGAGCCGAUGAACAUCUAUAACCUGGUGACCAUCAUCCGUGACCAAAUCAGGCAUCUGCAGCUAGCAGUGGACCGCACGACGGAGCUGUCCCGCCAACGCGUGGCUUCUCUUGAAUUGGGUCUUGGAGCGGAUCGAGACCAAGAAGCCAGCGUCGAGGAGAUUCUCAAACUUAAAUCACUCCUCAGCACCAAGAGAGAGCAAAUAGCCACACUGCGAACCGUCCUAAAGGCGAACAAACAGACUGCUGAGGUGGCGCUGGCCAACCUGAAGAGCAAAUAUGAGAAUGAAAAGGCCAUGGUUACUGAAACCAUGAUGAAGCUACGCAACGAGCUGAAGGCGCUGAAGGAGGACGCUGCCACCUUCUCCUCACUCAGGGCCAUGUUUGCCACUCGGUGCGAUGAGUACGUGACUCAGUUGGACGAGAUGCAGAGACAGCUCGCUGCUGCCGAGGAUGAAAAGAAAACGCUCAACUCUCUUCUCCGUAUGGCCAUACAGCAGAAGCUAGCUCUCACUCAACGCCUGGAGGACCUGGAGUUCAACCACGAUUUAGAGACUCGUCGGGGAGGAGCCAACGGCCGCACCAAAGGCACCUCCUCACGGGGAAAAUCCGCCCACAACUCAACCCCGUCCCAUGUGAGUCAUCCCCCCCCCCUGCAGCGAGGGAGCACCGGCGGUGUUCUGCAGUGAGAAGUAUAAGAUCUACUGCGACUGAUGGGCGUCUAUCAGAUGUACAGAAAUUCUCUCUCUCACACCUCUUGCUUGCUCUAUGCUAACUCGCACCGUGUGUAAGUGUAUUUAGGGGCUUUAUAUGGUCAUGUGCCUGCCAGCGUAGCUGAAUGCAGAUGUUUUAGAGCAAAGUGAUGAUGUUUAGUCUCAUCAUUUGGUAAAGUGUGUAAUGUCUGUGGCAACUGGAUGCAGUUGUCCUUUGAAGCAGGAUUUGUCUUUCAACACUUCUACUACCGGUCGUCCAAACUCACGCCACUGCUUGAGCAGAUGUAGGGCCGAGGAUGCUCAACCAAUCAGGGUGAUGUUGUGAUGAUGUCUUGGAAAGUGCGAUGUGAGAAAGUAUUUAACGCUCAUCUUCACACACUUAAGUGGAGUAUUUAGGUGAUACUUUCAUGGGUAAUUUGGUGCUUUCGUGUAUAGCCUGUUGGAGAGAUGAGUGUGUCUCUCCUGCCUCUGAGAUCUGAAGCCCGUCCAAUCAGAUCACUUGUGUUUACAAACGUAAUAUGCAAACGUCUUCCCUGCAGUGUUGAAAUGCAGGAAGUCUAUUAAAUUGAGUCGUUUUUUGCUUUAAAAUCGAAUACGAAAAUUUAACCUCGGGUUCAGAUGAAGAGCGACCGUUUGAAUGUCACUCGUGAGGCAGGCGGGAGCGUCAUCAAGUGCAUGCGGCAGGAGGCCACGCAGCGCUAGUAGAUGUCUGGCUGUGAAAGCUUUAACUUUGAUUUGAUGUACUUGAUCACACAAGUAGCUUUAAUCGAAGUCGUGGUGAAGGGCUUGACGUGGUUGCAUGCUCAUAGUGAUGUCAUAAUGCAACUGUAACCAGUCUCUGUUUAUUUAUAUGAGGAGAGGCCUUAUUUUAGCUUUCACGAAUCGCCAGACGACGACUAAUGGCAAAUGAAAAGCCACACGGUGAUUCUCCGCUGAAUCACUUUUUUAGGCCACAGUUGUUUUAUAGUAAAAGCACGUUUGAAGAUACAUGUAAAUGUAUUUACCAUGUAGGGGUUGUAAUUUAGUCAAAGCAGUAUUUGAAUUAAAGUUGACAUUCAGAAGAUAGUGAGGUUUAUUCCGGAGUCACCAGUGAGAUUUGAUGAAGACAGUAAUUACAUCAGAUUAUUGCUUUAACCUAUACAGUAUAUACAAUGUGCUUGUAUACGAAUUGUAGGUGAGAGCUUACGUGAUGAUAAACUCAAUGUAACCAAUUAGCUGCGUCACUGAAUGGCUUAAAACUGCUGGCGCUGUCUGUCUGCAAAGCACAAAAACCUUUAGGGUGUUUUUUUUUAAACAUGCUCAUGCCACAGGAUGCUAACAAAUUGCAUGAGUCAACAAUAAUAAAAAGUUGAGCAAAUAAAAUAAGAAAAGUGGUCAUUGAUGAAGAUCUAGUUACUUGUAUUUGUGGAGUCUGAUCUUGUGGCUUUACCCACUAUCAUUUCUUAUUUUCUAAUGAUGUCGCUCUCUGCCAGACCCUCAGGGAAAAAAUACAACUAAUCUCAAGUCUUUAUUUGUCCAAGUAGAAAGUGGCAUGUCAUCAUCUUGUCGUCUAUGAAAAUGUCCACAAUAACUCGCCUGUUUUCAAUGGCAAUAACACUAAUGAUGAAAUGCUCAUUCAGAAUUAGAGACAUUAAACUUAAGUUCAAACUUUUCCUUGUACUGAAUUCUUUAUGUGCAUACUUUAAAGGUGCAGUGUGUAAAUUUUAGCGCCAUCUAGUGGUGAGGUUAUUGCAACCAACGGCUGCUCGCCCCUCGCUUUUGAAAUACACAGAGAAGCUACGGUAGCCGCCACUGGAAAAACAUGUCAUCCAUGGAGACAACUUCGUAAACAGAGUUUGUCCAUUAAGGGCUUCUGUAGAAACAUGGCGGCACAAAAUGGCGACUUCCACCUAGGGGGACCCUCGGUGUAUGUAGAUAAAAGAUCUUAUUUUAAGGUAAUAAAAACAUAUCAGUUCAUUAUAAAAAGGUCUUUAUACAUCCUUAAUAAUAUAGUUUUGUAUAUUAUUUUGCAUUUCUUUCAAGAGAUCCUUCUAAAAAUUACGCACUGCACCUUUAAAACAAAGACACUGAGUCUCACUCACUAAGCAUGCGUAAGCACAAAAUUGUUCGUAAAAUGUCCGUACGGAUGUUUUAACUAACAAAUCAUGAUUCAACAAAACUUUCAUACUAAUUUUUUUUUUAAAUGUAUGCAAAAACGUAAGAACAACUUAGACCACACAUUAGACCGCAAUAAUCAUGAACAAGAAAAAAAAUACAUAACACAGAUAUAUAUUAUAGUGUUCCUAUUCUUUGUUUGAUUAUUGCGUAUGUGUGGUCUAAGUUGUUUAUACGUUUUAGCAAACAUUUAGAAGAAAUUGUAGUAUAAAAGUUUUUGUUGAUUCAUGAUAUGUUAGUAAAAACGUCCGAGCGCACAUUUUACGAACAAAUUCGUGCGUAUGCAUGCUUAGUGAAUGAGACGCAAUGUUCAAAUAAACCGGUUUGAUUGAGCUUUGAAACAAAUGACAGAAACUCUACUAGCCAAUAAAAAACUUCUAAUCACCCUUGAAUUGAUUAAUAUUAUACUUUAUAUUUAAAUAUUCAACAGUGAUUGAUAUAUUAACUAUACUAUAUUGAGCUUUUUUCAGAUCAUUAUAAAAAGUGACUAGGUUUGGUCUUUACUUCGUUGAUAAGCUUUAUAUAUCUGUUAAUUUUUGUUUUCCACGCUCAGACGUGUUUGUAUUUGAUGAAAUCAGUAAAAUAUACAAUAAGUAUUAUUAAUAAACAGCUGCUUUAUAGAUGUACCGGGUGGAGAUGCGAGAAAAUACUUUGCCAUUAACCCUUUUAAUCUCAAAUUGUUCCCAGACAUAAAAAUAUCCAAAUAAUGUGCCAAUUUUAAUGGAAAAGUUUGUGAAAAAUGAGUUUUAAGGUCAGUCACAAUUGUAAGCGAUGAGAUUAAAUGAGUUAAUGUAAAGCACAUUGAAAUGUUAAAUGGUUAGGGUUAGUUGAAGAUUUUAGUAAGAUCAUCUGGCUUCAACAGAAGGCAUUAUGUGGGCCUAAUACCAGACUAACCCUAAUUUUAUUCAAUUCAUUAAAUAUGAUUCAUUGGACCAUAUAAAUGAUUUUCCACUGAAUUCUGUUGGAUCGCAGCUUUUGGUCAGAUAUAAAAAAUAUUAAACCUCAACUGAAUCAAAUCCAAUGUAAAGUUAAAGGGACACUCCACUUUUUUUUUGAAAAUAUGCUCAUUUUCCAGCUCCCCUAGAGUAAAAAAUUAGAUUCUUAUGGUUUUGGAAUCCAUUUAGCUGAUCUCUUUUUAAAACUAAAAAGAUUCAAUUUUAUGUCGGUCUUACUACACGGAAAAAUAUCAAAACUGUUUGGUUAUUUUUUAGGGCAAUGCUAAUGGUCUAAUCAGAUUCAAUGGAUUAUGCUAAGCUAUGCUAAAAGUGCUAACGCCAGACCCGGAGAUCGACUGAAUGGAUUCAAAAACGGUAAAAAUCAAAAAUGUUUAACUCUAAGGGAGCUGGAAAAUGAGCAAAUUUUCAAAAAAAGUGAAGUGUCCCUUUAUUAGUCUCCAAAAAUGAGCAAAUGUAUAACUUUACAGCAUAAAACCGCUUAUAUAUGGGGUUUAAAAACUUUUAAUGAGGGCUACUUAUUUCAUUUAUGUAUGUUCUGGGAUAUGACUGAUUUAUAGGUUUAUACUAUUUGUUGUAUUAAUCUAGUUUGUGGUGUUUUAGUUUUUGAAUGGGUUUAUGUCAUUUACACACAUAUUUACAGAGUAUUAGAUUUCUUCAUGUACACGCCUUUCGUCAUCUAUUAUUUUGAUGUUUUAGUCAUAAAUCAUGUUGUUGAAACUAAAUCCCAGAAGUUCCAAUGCUGCUUUUGUUUUCAAAGUUAUCAAUUAGAAACUAACCAGCAAAUGGCGGAUGGGAUUAUUUAAUUUGUAUUAAAAUUGUAAGCACCUUGUGUAACGCUGAAGCUGGAUCACUGACCUUCAGCAUUCUCUACAAGAGUACGACAAUUAAUUCCAAAUUGGAAUGUUUCAAUUCUCUCUCUGUGUCGAUUGUGUCAAGUGUCAUACACUGUUGGUGUUAUCACCUCUUCACCCCUCCUACAUUUCUUUUCAUCUUUUUUUUAAACUUCAUUCGGACCGUUAGUGCCUUUUAUUAUUUCAAGAGAGAAUUUUAGAUUUUUGUAGCUUUUGCCCACACGCAUGAGGAUGUCUUGUUUAAAUUGAGCAGCAGCAAUAAGUUCAGAAGACAUUCGUUCUGUUGUGCGGAUAAUCUUAACAAUUAGACAAAUGAAACCUUGUACUGAAUUCUUCGGGUCAGUGAUCCUAAUAUCUAAUUCAGGUUUUUUUGUGAAAGUUUGGGGUUGAAGCCACAUAUCCUUGUUUGCCUCAUAAUGAACAAAAAGUUUUAAGACACGAAACCCAAAGUGUUGUUUUGUGGUCAGAGACUGGUGUUACUCUAGUGUUGUAUGGUGAGGUAGCUGAAGGUUGUGUGGUAUGGGUAGUAUUGUUGACAGAUGUAAAAGUAGGGCUGGGCGGUAUAUCCAGUUUGGUAAUAAAUUGGGAUUUUUGUCCCAGCGGGAUACGAUCCUUUUCCACGGAAGCUCUGUCAGUAAUGUACACAAAUGUAAGCUUCCCAAACGGAAACGGGUCAUUAAAUUUGUAUUUUUGUUACACACCAUUUUAAUAAAGGUGAUUGUGACAUCUCACAUGAGAAUUUGACCUGCAUGUUAACAUUUAUUUCAUCUUGUAGAAAGUUUUCGUAUAUCGCCAGCCGUCCCAACAUUACCAUUAUGUGAAUGUUGGUGAAAUCGCCCAGCCCUAGUUUGUUAUCGUUUUUUUAUUCUUGCGUAUUUUUUGACAUGGUAGUACAAGCAUUAUAAUUUCAGGAAACAGAAAACUUUGCAUCAACAAGCAAAUGAUGUCAUGAACAUACAUUGCUGUUUGUUGAGGCAUGAAAUUAAUCAAUUCAGUUGCCAUAUUGAGAAAAAAAAAACACUUAAUUGCAAUUUACAAAAAGAAAUGAAACCGUUGAACGGUAAAUAUCAUUUUCUGUUUCCUGGAAGUGCCAGCAUUGUUAUUCAACUAGCUGUGCAAACUUUGUUUUUUGUGUUUCAGUAUUGGUCUAUAAGAAAAGUUUGAUACCUUUAUAUAAAGUAACUUCAUUAAUUUGUAUGUAUUUAUUUAAAAUGGUGAGCAGUUAUGGACUUUAUAAUGUGCAUUAUUGUCAUAUGCAUGUUUUUCUUUCUCUCAGCAAUGAGACUUUUACACAGAAGCGAAAUCAAACUUGAAAUCUUCAACGGUUUAAAAAAAGUUAAUAAAGUAAUGAAAUGGUAGAGGGAGAAAUGUUUUGUGUAAAACUGAUCUCUGGAGUUCAAGGAUUGUUCUCUCUAGAGGUUAAACUCUGUGUAGGGGUUCGUCAUGCGCUCUCAUGAAUAAACACAAAGUCAAUGAA